CUCGUGCAGACUUCCACUCCUGGCCGUCUAGGGCGAAGAUGUCGUGCGCCGUGGUGGACCGGAAUAAGUGAUCGCGGACGCCGCGCGAGUUAUCAAAGUCAGCGAAGCCCGUAAUAAGCACGUGCCGGAUGUUGCGCGGGUGGCAGGUGAAUACAACACGUUGCAACAAUAUCUUGGAAGCAUACGUGCUUCCCAGAGUCAUGAACAGCCGUGUUGUGUUGGCUAGCGAAGUGCCCCUAAUCAGGUGGCGGACUGCCGACAAUACCUUAUACACACCUAGGACAUCUCAGGGGCUCUCGCGGGGCGUUGUUUUACAGUUACGCUUACCUGCCAGACGUCGUAUAUAUUGGAGUCUCUUCACCUUCUUGAUGGCGAUGGCAAUAUUGAAGUGCAACGGAGCUGUUGUGAGAGCUGGGUACAUAGUAGUGUACAUGGUGAUGAUCGAUGAUGCUGAUUUUUGCUCAGUAGCUUGUCUUCCACCGGCUAACAGAUGCUGUUGGUUAAAGGGGCGGCUCGCCCCCCGGAGGUACCGGUCGUCAAGGUGUCAAAAGCUAAUAGUCGUUCCAAAUCGAGCUGGCGUCAAGCUGGCGAUGUAGCCAGGACGCUCACGGUCUUUUUGUAUAAUGCAUAACCCCUGUUAAACUGAAACAGUGCGCUAAGGUGGUACCUCGAAGUGAAUGAGGUUGUUAGCAUCGCACG